ACUUUUUUUCUUAAACAUCGAAUCGUCAACUUCCUUCCGCCGUCGGAAUGUCGAUUCCCGAUUCUAACUCCGCCGCAUCUGUAACGGUUUCUCCGUCACUCUCUACCGUUUCCGCAACUCCUGCGAGACCAGUAAACAGUACCAUACCACCGCCGCCAUCUUAUCCACCUCCUGCUCAGCCGCCACCGCCGCCUUCUCAGCCACCUCAUACUCCGCCGCCACAACCACCGCAUCCGACUUACAGACCCGUAGUUCCGCUUCGCCAUCCUGUUCCGUUACAACAAGCUCACAAUAACGGCUACGCGCAGUCAAUUCCAAACGUACGCCCGAAUCAAGAUCCGUCGGCGGUUCUUUACCCGUUUGCUCCUCCGGGUCGAGGUCGAGGGUUUUCAACCCGACCCGUUCGAGGGUUCGUCGCUGAUCAGAGUGGUUACCCUCCUCGCCCCGGUAUGGUUUACAACCAACAAUAUGGGCCGGCCCAGAUGGAAUCCAUGAUGCAGUACAUGAGGGGGAGCCAUCAGAUUCCUCACAUACCACGCCUUGGAGCGGGUUCUCCUGUUGGGUCGGGUACCAUGAGAGGAAGUCCUCAGUUCCUGCAACCGCGGGUGGCCCCGCCCCGAGCUUCAAUUCUAGACACUAGCAGGAAUAGAAAGGCCAGAAGCAGGGAAGGGGCUCUUGUUCUUAUUAAAGGGAGAAAGGUCAGAAUCACUGAGGGAGCUUCUCUUUAUUCACUUGGUCGAUCGUGGUUAAAAAAUGGUUCUCACGUAGGAAUUCAGCCGCAAAGGAGUGGUAUAAUGAAGUCUUUGCCAAAGCCGUUACCAGUGGAUAUGACAGAGACAAGUGCUCCAGAUGAUCCAGCUGAAAAAUCAGCUGAUGAAGACGAAGAGGACGAGGAGGCUGUAGAGGAAUUAACAGAGAAGGAUCUUCUGAAAAGACACAUCGAGCGAGCUAAGAAGAUCCGUGCACGAUUGAGAGAAGAACGGUUGAGGAAGAUCAAGAGGUACAAAGAAAGAAUAGCGCUUCUUCUGCCUCAAUCCGAAGAAUAAUGAUGAAGAACAAUUAAAAAGGGUAAAGUUUUGGUUAGGACGUAGCAUUUUAUAUGACUGUUGUUGAUUUAGCAUAGUAAGUACCACGUGCAGUAGGUGUGUUCUUCCUCCUCUUCAUUAGAUUAGUAGGACUGCUCAAUUGAAUUGUGUGUGUCAUUCUUCCUAAAACAGAGGAAGACAAAGUUGUUUCCGUAAUUUUAGUCAGUUUUUUUUUAA